AUGGAUAGCCCCAACAGCAAAAAUGCGCAAAAGUUCGUGAAAAGCAGAUCACAGUCUCCUGUUUCAUCUACUGGCAAAGGAGUGGUGAGACACAUAUCACCCUUGCAGGCCCUGAGGAACAAUUCUGGGCCAAGAGAUGAGCUCAAAGAGCGCCAAGUUGACAAGAAUAAGGUUACAAAAGAAAACACUACGCCACAGGAUUUCAAACUCCACACCAAGGAAAGAGCUGUGAAACGUGCAUUAUUCAACUACUCGGUUGCGACCAAGAUAUACAUAGAAGAGCGACAGAAGAGACAACUAGAGAAGUUGCAGAAGAUGAUCGAGGAGGAAGAGGUGAAGUUGCUUAGAAAAGAGAUGAUUCCUAGAGCUCAGUUGAUGCCUUACUUUGAUAGGCCUUUCUUCCCACAAAGAUCAACAAGGCCAUUGACAAUUCCAAAGGAGCCAAGGCUGAAGCUAGUGAGUGGCUAGUGUUCCGCUACGAGCUGCAUCUCUUGCAGAAUGAACUUCCCAAUUUUUAACACAAUAAGUAACUGAGAUCAGCUCCUGCAACAACUUAAGCUACUGAAUUUGGGUGGUUUUGAUUCGCUUCAGUAACUUUUUGUAGGCUGUUUAUAUAGACUCUUAUUUCGCGGAUUGAUGUACAAAACAUAGUUCACAGAAAUUGUGGGAUUUGCAGAGUUUGUUGAAUAAUGGAACAACAUUGCACUAGAGCCAGAGGACUUUAUUUACAUCAAUUA